AUGGAGAGGAAAAGGAAGAUUGUGCAGUAUAGGGAGAGGCUGGACGGCACCCUUGCUUCACCUGAUCUUACAAAUGUUGACUUGCUCAAAAAGCUUGUCAGAAGUCAACUCCUUUCAGAACCUGAAGUAGAAGGAUGUAGAGAUCAAUUAGUAGAAACCAGGACUGCAGAGGUAUCUCACUUUCUUGAUAUGUUGAGGAGUGUUUCUUCAGAUGAUAGUGGAAGAUCUAAUACAUCACACACUGAUUGGAAAUUAAAACAAGAUGGUGAAGAGUUUCGUGUAAUGUAUCGCGAAGGACCAGAAGGGACUCCCUUUCAUACAAUGCUUGUAGAAGGCUUUGUAGAUGGGCCUGUUGAUGUUUGUUUAUGUAUCUCAUGGGAGACAUACCUUUACAAAAAAUGGUGGCCCCAGUCUACUAUUCCCACUUUCAAAAUCUUAUCAACUGAAUGCUUGCAAAAGGUCGGGAUUGGGGAACAAUUAUCACUCGUGAGGGUGAAGGUUUCAUGGCCUCUAUCUCUGAGGGAAGCUAUAGUGCACUAUUAUCUGUUUGAGUACUUUCAAGAUGACUUAAUUGUUGUUCUUACAAAUUCGGUUCCUGAUUCAGAGAAUGUCAUGGAGACCCUUUAUGGUUAUGACAAAGAGGCAAUUCCUAAAGCAAAUGAUGUCGUGAGAAUCGAUUUGGUGGGAGGCUUUGCUUUGCAGAAGGUGACAUCAAAAAGAAGUUAUUUUCGGACAAUAACAAAUAUGGAUAUAAAGCUGGAUUUUGUGCCACCAUCCCUUAUAAACUUUAUCUCGAGGCAGCUCAUUGGCAAUGGUUUCCGACUUUAUCAAAAGACUGUGUCUUCCAUGAUGAGCCACGAUAAAGGAGAAUUCAGUAAGGCUUUGGGGGAUCCAUUAUAUGUUAGAAUUCGUGAAGCUCUAUACAACACUAGUGGAUCAAAGGCUAUGAAUGGUGGAGAGCUUCAGCAAGUUGCAGCAGUUCUACCUGCUGAGGAUCUUGUUGAAAAUAAACAUGAUGAGGAAAAGGAUGCAUAUGAGGAAGAUAUAAGUAACCAAUAUGCAAAUAAUGUCAUGCCAAUGGCAACAAAUACAGAAAAACUAGAUAGUAGCAAAACAUUUGAUGAGAUUGUAGAAGUAGAUAUCGAAGAAAUUGUACAAAUUGAGGAGGAAAAUAAAGAAGUAAAAGACACUCCAAUUAAGGAAGCUAACACAAGUAUUCUAAGGGGCAAGAGGAGUGCAUAUAUCAGAUCAGAGGUAGAACAUGCUCUAGAAACAUUAGACAAGGCCAUUUCAAUGGUUCGGGAACAGAGAUUUCAUACUCGGGCAUCUUCUAGUAUUGCUGGCGUAGAGUCCCCUUUUACAAAAAAUGAUGGUAGAAUGGAUUCAUUUUCCUUGAAACACACUCAAAUAAGCUCCAAAGAUGAUGUUAAUGCUGAAGUACCAAAUGGAGAUAUUGUAGAGGGAGCUUUCCAGGAAGUGCCUGAGACUAACUCUGACAUCCAAAACUCAAGAUAUACAGGAACAAAUUCUAACUUGAAGGAGGUAAAUUCUAACAAAGUAGUACCAACUUUAUCGGAGCAGAAUCUUCCAACAGCUAUUUUGUCAAGCCAGGCUGUUUCAUAUCCUUUGGAAAAUGGAGCAAUUCUGAAUCAAACAACUGUAAGCAACAAGCUAUUGAACACUGAUUCAGUUGAAGAUGAGCCUUCUGAUCAUGCAGACAAGUCAAGAAGGCAGAAAAAUGUACCAAAGAAGUUAAGUAGGCAGAAAAAAAAAUGCUAUUUGUGUUUUCGGUCUUUCUGUCUUAAGUAA